AUGUUGCACAUAGAACAGAAUAACCUCCUCAUCAAACAGACCCUCACAGACAGGGUGCUUCCUGCAGAGGAGGGCCUCAAGUCAUUGGACAGAAUCAUCACCGACUUCGACUUCACCACCUACCACAUCUCCACCUUGCCUGACAACAAGCAGUUGAUCUUGAUAUCCAUCUAUCUCAAGUGCUGGGACGACUUGGUCAAGUACGGCGUGGUCGAGUACCUCAACAGCAAGUAUGGACUGUUCGAGGGCUUGACGAUCCUCCUGGGGGACCAAAUCGAGCCCAGCUACAACUACUCGUUAGUGUUGGACUUGGGCCAGGUGGAGUCCCAGGCGGAGGAAUUGAAGCUCGAUUUGGUGGAGCAGUUGUCGUUCUUGAAGAGAAACGCCAUGGCGUCUGCUUUCGAGCAGGCAUUCGCCAGAUACGACGAGUUGGCCGCUCACUACGCCACCAGCAAUACCUACUCCGAGGAGAUCCAGGCAGAAUUGCAGAACGAAGAGGUGUUGGUCAUCAAGUACCGUGGCUCCGACGAGUCCAUCUACAUCAAGCCAUCCUUUGACAGAGUGACUGUGGUGUUUUCCACCGUGUUCCAGGACGAAACCGACAAGAUUUUCGGAAAGGUGUUCUUGCAAGAAUUCGUGGACGCCAGAAAGAGAUCGGUGCAAACUGCUCCGCAAGUGUUAUAUUCCCAUAAAGAGGCACCUUUGGACAUCCAGAGUGCUGUGCAAGGCAGCAGAGAUGACGAAAAGAAGGGUUACAUCACUUUCGUGUUGUUCCCCAGACACUUGGUCAAGGGAGACCGGAGAGAAAACUGUAUUUCGCACAUUCAAUUCUUCAGAAACUACUUCCAUUACCACAUCAAGUGCUCCAAGGCCUACAUGCACAGCAGAAUGAGAUUCAGAGUCAAGGAGUUCUUGAAGAUCUUGAAUAGAGCCAAGCCAGAGAACGUUGAUGAGGAGGGCAAGGUUAUCGAAAACAGAAAAACUGCCAGUGGUAGAAGAUUCGUUGCUUAG